AUCAUCAUCAUCAUCAUCAUCAUCAUUCAUCCGUCAUAUAGCGUCCAAAGAGGCCAACUGACACCAUUAGAGACUCGUUCUGAGCAUCUAUCUCGAGAGCUAUCCGUCACAUCUGACGCGUCUAGUUCUUAAUAACAUCCCGUCAAAGACAUUGCCAACGUGUUUAAAAUAGCAUCUCUGCGACUAUAUUGCCGAGUGACGACAUAGUCGUAAUCGCAGUCGCGCUGCAUAGAAAAGAGAGCAAAAGGAACAAGAAGAAGAAAAGAAGAAAAGAAAAAAAGAAAAGGUGUUCAGAGUCGGGGCCGGAGAAACAAAAGACGCUGAUCUCGUGUGAUACGACUGAACUUUUGCCAUCCUCUCCCACCUAGCUACUGACCCUCUUUGUCAACGGUGAAUUGCGACCUACCCACCAUUUCACACUUCACCCUCUUUUUAACCUUCCAAAGCACACCUUCUGCCGUCCUUUCUUGUUCCAUCCUUCCCUUUGGAUUCUUGCGUAACUGCCUGAAGCAUACCUUUCAAUACGAAAAUAUCAUUUCAAGCGCUUGCAUACCUACCUAUAUCCCCCCCUCUCCCGCCUUGACACACUCUUAUAAACAACACAUAACCCCCAAACACACCAACAGUGACUUCGCCUUGCCAUACCAUAGGUUUUAUAUUAAGAUUCGUUCAAUCUCUGACCCAGAUAACUUUACUAUUCAGCUAUCGUCUAUCAUCAUGUCUACUGCGGAGGACCAGGAGCUUAGAGACAAGAUCAAUAAGCUAACCAAUCGCAUCAAUCGCCACAAAGAGAUCCAGAGCAAUGGCAUCAAUCUCGGCGUAGAUCAUUCUAUUGGCAGCAGAGGCUUGUAUCACCGCUCAGCGCCGUAUCCUCAACAAGCUUACCGCGGCGGUCGAGGGCGAUUUCCACCCACUUAUCGCAAUAGGACCCUAGUACUGAACGGGGGAGCACCAUCGACCGUUUCUAAUCAGGAAAAUCAAGCUCCAGAUCCUACGACACCCUCUUGGGUGACUAAGACCGAUCGCCAUCUCCAGUUAAUCAAUCGCGAUGUGUAUGAACGAGAAACUCAACAACGGACACAAGCGAUCGAACAGACCUUGCAGCAGAAGCAACUCAACAAGGACCGUCGCGAGAGAGCACAACUGCUAAGGAACAUGCAACAAGUAGGAGGGGAUGUCAUGACAUCAUCUAAUUCAUCUAAGCCAACUUCUCGAUACGAAGUCGAUGUCGAAGGAGUCCGUUUUCACGUCACCCAGCAGGGAAGCAAACUAGUCAAAGCCCCAGAUGACCUCAAUCCACCUACUGCUACGCCAAAGAUCGCCUCACUAUUUGGCGUCAAGUUCCACCGCACGAAGAACGGAAACCUUAUAAGACAUGGAAUAGUACAAGCCCAACGGCGCGCGGGCCGCAUCAAGAAGGUCAACGAGAGAUGCAAGGCCUUCUCAUGGACCGGCACCUGUCCGAAAGGCCCCUCAUGUCGAUACAUCCACGAUGUCUCCAAGACUGCUAUUUGUAGAACUUGGCUCUCGAAGGGUGAUUGCCCUAGAGGCGACGACUGUGAUCUAUCCCACGAGAUCACGGUGGAGAGGACGCCGCUUUGUGUGCACUAUGCCAAAGGGGCUUGCAACAACCCGUCGUGCUCGUAUGUUCAUGUUGAGCAUUCUCCCUCGGACCCGGUAUGCCGGGCAUUCGGCAUCUACGGGUACUGCGAUAAGGGUGCUCAAUGUCCGGGGCGUCACGUGUUUGAAUGUCCGGAUUUUAGCAACACCGGUGUCUGUAAACUCAAGGGCUGCAAGCGGCCUCAUAUUGAAAGGGCAAGUAUUUUACGCAAGGCCAACAAAAGGGCCUCCUCUCCCGAGGAGGACUUGUCCAGUGAAGACGACGAGAUGGUGGAUAGUGAUGACGUGGACUCAGAUGAGGCUGAAGAGUUCAUCGGUCAUGACAACUACGACCCCAGCUUUGCUGAGCAGAAAGAUUUCAUUGGUUUUACAUGACACCUUGGUUGUGUCGUUCCUACUGACCUCACAGAUUCACUCGGUUGUAUCGACCAUGUCGGUCGACCACUGCAUCGCCGGCCAGCAGAAUGCUGGGCAUUCUCUCUGCUUCAUUAGCACGUUUAUGUUCUUGGCUAUCGUACCAUUGUGAGACCAAGGUUAUGAUGCAAUGACGUUUUGCUUCGAAGGGAUUCUAGUUGACCAUGAUAAAUGGCUGGCGUUGGACGCGAUGAUGUUCCUGUUACGGUUGUGAUACCCCAAAUUCAGCUGAGAGCAGGGUUGCUGCAGAGUAAAGUCUUUACUACGGAAAUAGACAGAAUACCUGACGAGAAAGAGAAAAAAAGAAUAGAAGAAACGAAGAAACGAAGAAAAGUAAUACGGGCUCGUAUUCAUAGGGCGCAUGGCCAAGAUAGCAAAUAAAGUCAGUUUUCAAA